AUGUCUUCUUCUUUUUGGAACUGGUACUCGUAUAUACCAUCAAUUCGCUUGCCAUCCUUCAAUGUACCAGCUCAGAUUCAGAACCGUCUCCUUUCAUUCGCCAUUCGCAGGUCGAUAGGCCACCUGCUCAAGAGGGGUGGCGUUGAGAUCGACAAGCUAGAUACACAGGUGGGACGAGGAUGGGUGGAAGUCAAGGAUGUCGAGUUAGAGGAAGAGGCGAUCAACGCGCUUAUCCCUGGCCUCCCUGUUCGACUGACAUCGUCCCACCUUGCGUCUAUGUCCUUCAGCUUACCAGGGAUUCUUACUGCUCCCAUAGCACUGAGUCUCUCUGGUCUAUCCCUCUCCUUCACACUAUCCUCUGUUUCAUCCUCCGAUGCUGCUCAUCAACCCGAUCUCGCCCAGAGUGUUACUGAGUUCGUCGGUGAGGUGAUGGCGGAGAAUGAAGAGGGUCGAGCACUUCGAAGAGACCUAGAGGCUUCGAUUAUCGACUCUGCUACUGCUCCUACUUCCCGACCGGUCUACAGCCCCGGAACAUCACCUGGGCGAACGGAAAUCCCCGGUUCCAUUGACCCUUUCAUGACAAUCAACGAGCCCCUCGAUGGAUCUGCUUCUUUCAUAUCAGCGGAUGUUCCGGAGGAGUCAAACGAGCCACCUGCGGUUUCUAUUCUCACCUCCAUCCUUGCACGACUCGUCUCAAGAUUCUCGCUGAAACUGCACGACAUCACCAUCCGGAUCCUCGAUCCCAAGGCUGGUUGGGAGUGGGUCCUCACCCUCGGAGAAGCAGGCUAUGAGGGCGUGCAGCGAGAAGCCGAAGCCGAAGCGGGUGGACGUGCUUAUGCGAAAGAUCUACGCAUAUUCGCUCAAGCUCUUGAAGAACCUGCAGACAUCGAGUCCUGUCAUACACCUCUUGGUGAUAGCAUUGAACCUGGCGAGAGCAUGUAUGCGUCAGCAUACGAUAGCCUCCCAGAAUCCGUUGCUUCGGUUCUCUCCAUUUCAGAAACGCCGCCAGUACCACCAAAUCGUGUGCUGCCACUUCUCUUUCUUCCAAGUGUGGAAGCUCAGUUAUCCACAUCGCUCCUCCCCGCAGCCACUGUCUUUGCGCGUCAGACAUCCAUCUCUAUCGACCUACCUGUGGUCCGGUCCAUUAUAACACCACAAGUGAUCAGCUUAGCUCUGUCUACUGUCUCGCAAGUGUCUGUUCCGUCUGCGAUGUCCCCAGCCGUGCCAGGUAGGCCGGCAGAGCCUGUAUCGGUGCCAGGUCUGCAAGCUCAACUUAAUCUUGGGGCGUGUAUGGCGUAUGCCAUGCCGUAUCUCGGCACUCUCUCGCUGGACAGCUUGUGCAAUACAACUUUCGAGCCACCGAUGUCACAUCUCCUUCUUGCUAUAUCUACUGUUUCGGCCGGUUUCUCCACUAGCCUUGGAGCUGCGAUAGCCUUGUCUUCCUCCCCGCCCAUUGCUCAACUCAGUUCCGUAGGUUCUCCUGCUCAAACUCGGAGAACGUCGUACGGAUCAGGACGGAAUCGAGGAGCAAGAUCAAGACAGGCCAAACGCAGCAUUGACUGCGAGAUCGGAAAUGUGACGAUUGGCUGGAGAUGCUCGGGAGACGCAGAGUCCUACGAUAUCAUCUCGUUCUCUGAAACGUUAUCGGAUCCUUACCCCUCUGGCAAGGCGCUAUUCCCUAUCUUUUCUCCUUCGCCAUGGACUCCAGCUCCUCGGAAAGCUACCUCCCAAGUUAUCCGCGCGCGGCAUGAGUUUGCUGUUGCAGCUGAAGGCGCCGGAGAUGCUGUCGCCGAUACGACGACUGUGGAAAUUUUGCCUGUGGAGGUGCAUCUCGACCUCAGUCUGGUUGACCAGUUUGUGCCAUUCGCCGAUGUCUUCAAGACGGGCCAGCCUCAGAUCCCCAUUCCUGUUGGAGAAGUUAGUCGACGCUCAUCCAAGGGGCUGCCUACCACUGGCCGGGUCAAAGAUCUGCUGGAUGAUUUAGAAGACGACCAUUGCGAGAAGGGUCCACCACCCACAUUCCUGUUGACCCUCUCGUUAGUCCGUGUCCUGUUGAGGCCGGCACCGAUUCCCCCAGCAACGGAACUUCGGUCAGGGACGUUGGUCGUGGAUCUCCAUUCUCUUCGGUUUGUUACUGGGGAGGCUGAACCUAUGCGCGAGAUUGUGCGAUGGCAUGGAAAGCGCGUCGAACGCACGUUGGUAGGAACUGUGGAAUGUAAACGCCUCAUGGUUGCUUUCCAUGCCGCGAGCGACUUGACUGCUGCGGCAUUUAUCUCCCUUACACCGUUGCUACUAGUUUCUACGUCCCCUUUGGACCAGGCUGCUCCCCUGCUUCCGCGCAUUUCGGUGUACACCUCUGCCGCCAAGCUGUCUGUGCCGUCGGCCUCUAUCGAGGUCGACGCCAAUAUUCCUCAGAUCCGGAUCCAGCUUAACAAGAAGACUCUCGACAACCUUCAGUUGUAUGUUGACGACUUGACUCAUGCUGCGACAAAGGUGCAAGCUCUCGCGCCAACAUCCACCGCGACUACCCUGGCACCUGCAGAGAAAUCAGGGGGGGCAGCGGCCAAGAUCCUUGUCUCUGAAGUUUCCAUCAAGCUGCUCAUUCCUCGAGAGUAUGCAGAAGUCCGACCGCUUGAACUAACGCUGUCUGAUGUGGACGUGAUCGCGGAGCUGAAGUCAGGUGAAAAGCAUGAAAUGGUUCUCUCCGUAUCCGCUGUUGAUGUUGGCAUAAUUGAGACUGCACCCACGGGAUCAUUGACCCUGCUUGAUCAGACAGCUCCACGAUCACUGAGCGUUGGAGCAAGACCAACGUUGCACGUACAGCUUGUGUCCGCCACAAACGCGGAGACCGGACUCAAGCAAAACACAAUUAAGGUCACCGGUUACGGCUUCACUUUGUCAAUUCCCCCGGACCUUGCGUUUGCCCAUCAUCUCGGCUUAUUUUUCCAAGCUCCUGCUGGCGCUUUCGAAAACGCUGUUCCGACAGAGAAGGCAUUUGUUGCUGCACAAUUGCUAUCCGCUUCCGUCCGUAUUUUGGCGCCCAAUUAUCCAGGUUGUGUCGCUCUCAGCAUGGGCGACUUGAAUCUGUCCACUUCUAUUGUCGCGAACAGCCCCACAUCUUCUGCUGAUGUCUCAGCGCGGGCGCUUCAUCUUAUGCUAGUUGAUAAUCCGGUGACCGCCAGGGAAACAUCACGAUAUCGAAAUCAUCGAAACGUGCCUUCCCCGGGGUACGAUUUCUGGAAGCGCGAAGGAUAUGCGUCCCUACUGGAAGUUGGUGAACUUGAGACAACCAUUCGUAGUGGCGGUGAAGACGCGAGACCACAAACCGAGGUCACCAUCGUACGCUUAAUCGUAGGCAUCCACGCGUGCGCGGAUACCUUCGGUGCUCUUGGAGACUUCAUCGCAGAUAUGGGUACCCUCGGAAAGAAGGAACCGCCGUCUCCUCGCAUCUAUCCCAACACCGUCAGAGCACCUGAGCCUAUGAAAAGACAUAGUAAGGGUCUGUUAUCGAGUAUCGAGGAGGACGCCUUCCGUCAAGUGCCCGAGCUUGGGUCAAUUCCGGACAUGAUCAAAGAUGACUUGCCUACAAAUGAGGACUAUCUAGGCACAUCCUUCCCUCCUCGUAGAGGAUACAAAGCCCUGGGACCGGGGACAGAGGAUGACGAUGAUUUUGAUGAAAUUGAAUCGCCAGAACAAACUUUGGCGAAUGUCCGAAUCCUGGAUCCUGAGAUUAUUUCCCAGCAUGAAGGCGAAACAAUUCGAAUGGUGCAUCCGGAAGCGCUGUACAUAACAGAGGACUAUUACAACGAGGCAAGAGCUGCGGAUUUACUCAAGCCAUCCCCUGAACUAGCGGAUUCCAGAUUCAGGCUUCGCAUACGAGAUUGCGACCUGACCUUCAGCAUGCACGACGGGUAUGAUUGGGCGCCGACUCGCAAAGCCAUCGAAGAGGAAGUGAAGGCCGUCCGGCGACGUCUUGCGAAGAUCAGGCAGCUCCUUGCCGAAGGUCAAACGCCUGAUGAAAGCGUGGAGGAUGCUGGCGCUACCCUGUUCAACUCAGUUUACAUCGGUCUUCCUCCAGACGCGGACGACUUAGACACGGAAGGUUUAAUCGCGGCUAUUGACCAGGAGCUGAAUGAUGAAGCGGAAACAGCCAGCCAAGCCAGUUCGUGGUCUUCCUUCCCCAGGAGCUCGCCUCGACCACAGCCUCGCUCUUCUCGAAGCAAAGGGAAACGUCUUACUCGUUCUCAUGGGGCUAGGAUCCAGUUCUGUGCCAGUGGCUUAUCUGUCGAGUUUGACCAAAUGGGCAGUCGUGAUCCUUUGGGCUCCCGACUGUUGAUCAUGUCGAGGAACUUCGAAAUUCUUGAUCAUAUUAAGACCUCUACAUGGAAAAAGUUUCUGACGGAUCUGCACACCGAUCUUCGUGGCAAUGUGCGCGAAGCUGGAGCGGACAUGGUACGCGUAGAGCUUCGUAGUGUGCGGCCUAAGCCAGAUGAACCAACAGAGGAGGCGCGACUCAGGGCCAAACUUCUUCCGUUAAAGCUCAAUGUAGACCAGGAUGCGCUGGACUUCAUCAAGCAGUUCUUCAUGUUCCAAAGGCCGGGAACUGUCGUUCAACCGACUGAAGCUGCCCCACAAGACGCUUUCAUCCAGCAUGUCGAGGUAUUCCCUGUUGACAUGAAGCUUGACUAUAAGCCCAAACGUGUCGACUACAGAGCUCUUCGCGAUGGGCGGACCAUCGAGCUCAUGAAUUUCUUCCACUGGGACGGGGCCGAAAUCACGUUAAGACAUAUUCAAUUGUCGGGCAUAACUGGGUGGGCCAAGGUCGGAGAGUUGCUCAACGACAUGUGGACUCCAGACGUCAAGGCGCAUCAGCUAGCUGAAGUUCUGUCCGGCAUUCAUCCAAUCAAAUCGGUUGUUAACGUGGGAUCUGGCAUGGCCGACCUAGUGCUUCUGCCUAUUGGCCAGUACCGCAAAGACAAGCGUAUCGUCCGCGGACUGCAGAAGGGCGCAGGAGCCUUUAUGAAAUCGACGGCGAUGGAAGCUUUGAAGGUCGGCGCCCAACUGGCUACCGGCACACAAGUUAUCCUCGAGCAGGCGGAGCAUGUCCUAGGUGGCAACUUCAGUUCGCCCGUGACGGCGGAAUUGGUUGACGACUGGAGCGAAGAGGAAUCUGGUGAUGAACGCCCUGAGCGGCCUGAGCACAUCAGCAAAUACGCGGAUCAGCCAGCAGAUUUCCGAGAAGGAAUGCAAGCCGCUUAUAAGAGUCUGAGCAAGAACAUGCAUUCUGCUGCUCAGACUAUUUUGGCUGUACCUAUGGAAGUGUACGAGCGACCAAACGACGAGGCAAGUUCUGUUUCCUUUGCUUGGGCAAGCACUGACCACGUAUUGCAGGGACCCGUCCGCAUUGUUGUCCGGGCUGUCCCAAUUGCCGUCCUGAAGCCCUUCAUUGGUGCGACCGAAGCUUUGAGCAAGGUGGCACUCGGCAUUCGCAAUUCCAUGGACCCCUCCUUGCGCCUUGAUCACGAAGGCAAGUACAAGAAGAGGCGCUAA